AUGGACCCUCCAAAGCGCACCCGUUUAAUUCAAAAGCUAAUUACCCGCCUAGUUCAGCUUUUCAAGCCCACCAAGAAUCAAGCUCAUACACUCGAAAGAUAUCCCGCCUCAAGCUCUCCCCAGUACCACUUCUCCGAUAAAGACAUAAAGAUGGCCGAAGAAGAAGAUUUCAGCUCCAUACCCUUGGCCGACCGCUUCACCCACAAGGUCUGGAAGGUCAGAAAAGGAGCAUACGAAGAAGCUGCCAAGCAGUUCGAGAAGUCCCCCGACGAGUCCGAUCCCUGUUUCCGACCAUUCUUGAACGACCCAAGCUUGUGGAAUAAAGCAGUUUUAGACUCAAACGUUGCCGCCCAACAAGAAGCCGUCACCGCUCUGGUCGCGUUUCUCAAAUAUGGUGGACGAGACUGCUGCUUGAGGUCACGAAACCAAACCAUCACCCCCAUGGUCGAAAAAUGUCUCUCCUCAACCCGUGCCAUAAUUAAGCAAAACUCCAUGGAAGCUCUGCUACUUUAUAUCGAACUUGACGUCGCCGGGCCAGUCAUCGAGGACAUGCUUCCUGGCUUGAACAACAAGGUCCCAAAGAACAUUGCUGCGACGCUAAAUGCUCUUAUGCAGAUUUUCCAUAACUAUGGCUGCAAGGUCGUCGACCCGAAAGCCGUGCUCAAAGCACUCCCUAAAGCCUUCGGUGCUGCCGACAAGAACGUCCGCGCUGAAGCCACGAACUUGACAGUUGAGCUAUACAGAUGGCUGAGGGAGGCCAUGAAGCCUAUGUUCUGGGGCGAACUCAAGCCCACACAGCAAACUGAUUUGGAAGCGCAGUUCGAGAAGGUCAAGGCUGAGGGCACCCCCAAGCAAGAACGUCUGCUCCGAUCGCAACAAGAAGCCCUUGACGCUGCCCCCGAAGGCGGCGAGGAGGGUGGAGAAGGCGACGUUGAGGGCGAGGAUGUUGGUGAAGUCGACGCUUUCGACCUGGCCGAGCCUCAAGACAUCAGCAAGAAGAUCCCUCCUAACUUUAGUGACCAGCUUGCUUCGUCAAAAUGGAAGGAUCGAAAAGAAGCUGUCGAUGCUCUCUACCAGGCCCUCAACGUUCCUCGUAUCAAGGAAACUGACUUCAACGAAGUCUGUCGUGGUUUGGCCAAGUGCAUGAAGGACGCCAACAUUUCCGUCGUCACACAAGCGGUGCUGUGUAUCGAGGCUCUUGCAAAGGGACUACGCAAGGGUUUUGCGAAAUAUCGGCAGACCGUAAUGCAGCCCAUAAUGGACCGCCUCAAAGAGAAGAAAGCAACGGUAUCAGAUGCUCUAGGAGCUGCCCUCGAUGCUGUUUUCGCCUCCACUGAUUUAACUGAGUGUCUCGAGGACAUCAUCGCAUAUCUUAGCAACAAGAACCCGCAGGUCAAGGAAGGAACCAUGAAGUUCUUGAUUCGAUGCCUGCGGACAACACGGGAUGUGCCAAGCAAACAGGAGCAGGCCGCUAUCUGUGAAGCUGGAAAGAAGCUCUUGUCAGAGUCGACCGCUGUACUUCGAGACGGUGGUGCUGAGAUUCUCGGUACUGUCAUGAAGAUCAUUGGCGAACGUGCCAUGACACCCAACUUGGAAGCGCUAGACGACAUUCGCAGAAACAAGGUCAAGGAGUUCUUUGAGGCAGCUGAAGUUAAGGCCAAGGAAAAGCCCAAGCCCAAGCCUGCUGCCGCCCCAGCCAAAGCACCCCCAAAGAAGGUUAUGGGUGGAAAGAAGCCUUUGGCCAAAAAGGCUGCACCUGCUGCCGCCGCUCCUGUGAUGCCCGAUGAGGCUCCUCUCGCCCCCCAACCUUCGUCUAGACCAGCCCCUGGCAAGCUAGGAAAGCCUGGACUUGGAUUGAAGGGUCCUCAGAAGAGAACCCUUGGGGCACCUGGCCCUGCCUCUCCCCGUAGGGCUCCCGUCAUGCCCGAUGAAGAGCCAGUAGCACCUCUCCAGCCUCGCCUUGGUCUCUCUCGAGGUCUUACCGGACGCUCACUCGCCAAACCUGCUGCACCUUCACCCCCACCCGCACCAGCCUCGCCGCCUCCAUCUAGCGGUCUUACUGCUGUGGAACGUGCGGAAAUCGAGGAGCUACGAGCAGCCAACGAUCGACUAAGUCGACAAGUAGAUGAGAUGCGACAGGAACGUAGCAAGUUCAUGUCGGAGAUUCAAGAGCUCAAGAACCAGAACGCUGGCCUGAUUGAGGAUCAUACCCGCGACGUGUUGAGUAUCAAAGCUAAGGAGACGCAGCUGGUUCGCGCGAGAAGUGAUGCAGAGGCUACCGAACAGGUUAAUGACCGCCUGAGGCGCGAGCUCGAUAGACUUAAGAAGGCUUUGAGUCGUGCUGAGGGACUUAGUCAUUCCGGAAACGGUAUGCACAGCCCUGGCGGUAUUGCUUCACCCACACAUGAAGACGUCUACAGAGACCAUGGACCACCUUCAGUGAGCCGCCAUAGAAUGAGCGUCACAAGCAGUAUGUCCGAAGAGAAGGAAAACGGCGAAUCGAUGAUGUCUCGCAGUAAAAUCAGCCCUGAGAUGCGGUACGCUGGCAGUGCAAGCUCGUCAGGCCGUGGAUCUCCGGCAAGAGGAUUCAGGAGUGCGACAUCUUUCCGUGACGAAGACCAUACACCAGCACCCUCCCAGCGACCAAUGUCAUCACUACCUCAACCAACAGGCAACGGUGCUGAGAGUUGGAGGAGAGCAGCUGAGGUGACGAGCCAGCUGAAGGCCAGAAUUGAACAGAUGAAGGCCAAGCAAGGACUCGCUCGACCUUAG